CAUUGAUCAACUUCGAACUCGUCCAACUUUCAGCCACUCUGGCGCAAUUCCCCCCCCCCCGCUCAUCGCUCCAGCCACCCAGCUUGCCACCCAAGGACAUUGACAAACUAACAAAGUAGCACACUCAGCGAGUCAGCAGGAGCGAGCGAGAGAUGGACGCCAAUCUGGAGGACUUCCAAGAGCUGACGGCCGUGUCGAGCCCAGGACCGAGCGGCGGCCCUCAGCACGGCUACAGCUUUGAAGAGACAAUGGGCUACGGGCGGUACAAGAGCUCGACGGAAGCGACCGUUGCUGCAGUGGCAUCGUCCAGCAAGCUCGCUUCGCUGCGAUCGAACGUGCGCAUGAACAACAAUGCAGAUGUCGGCGGAUUCACGGGCGACGAGAGCGUCUCGGACGCGGCGACCGCGCGGCUCACAAACCGCCAGCGCGACCAUGACGAAGAGUCCGUCGCCAGCACCACAGACGCGCCAGCCAAGGACCUGCGUUACUACGACAACAGCUUCACCACAUUGCUCCUCAAGCGGAUUCGCUACUGGUUUUUUGAGCGCUUUGGCGAUGAUUGGAUCUUUUUGGCACUCCUGGGUAUCCUUUCAGCCUUUAUUGGUCUAGCAGGCGAUCUGUUUGUCGACGCGCUCUCGAAAAUGCGCGAACAAAUGCUUUACGUCACAGACGUCGUGUUUGGCCAGUACGUCCUCUGGAUCUUGUUCUCCAUCACGUUCGGCGUGUUUGCGAUCGGCUUCACCCACUAUGUUGCCCCGACUGCCGUUGGCUCUGGCAUUCCUGAAAUGAAAACCAUUCUUAAGGGCAUCGAUUUGUUCCAUUAUCUAUCUCUCCGCACUCUCCUGGCCAAGUUUAUGGGCCUGUGCACUGCGCUCGGUGCCGGCCUUCCCUUGGGCAAAGAAGGCCCUUCAGUGCACAUUUCUUCCAUCAUUUCUCACAAACUUUCAAGACACGUCUUCAAGAGCAUUGGUCGCAAUGAAGCGCGACGCAUGGAAAUGCUCAGCGCUGCAUGUGCCGUCGGAGUGUCGUCAAACUUUGGCGCGCCGAUCGGUGGUGUGCUCUUCUCGAUCGAGGUCACGUCCACUUACUUUGCCGUCCGCAACUACUGGCGUGGCUUUUUCGCUGCCGUCAUGGCCGCUCUGAUGUUCCGCCUCUUUGCUCUUGUUGCCAGCGAUGAAAGCACCAUCACCGCACUCUUUACGACCGAGUUUGACGAAUUCCCAUACAAUGCUCAGGAGCUUUUUGCUUUUGCCAUCAUCGGUGUGAUUGCCGGCUUUUUGGCUGCAUUCUUUGUGUGGACGCACCGCCAACUCAUCGAAGUGCGCCGUCGCGUUAUUACCCGCUGGCCGCGAUUGGGCGAAAACCGCUACAUUUAUCCGACCAUUGUCAUCUUCCUGAUUGCCACGUUCAACUUUCCAAAGUUCAUGGGCCACUUUAUGGGACUGACGCAGAAGGAGGCCAUCAACGAGCUCUUUUCGUCGACGAAGCUCUCGACGUCGGGCGACUGGGAUUCUCCCAACAUUUUCUUCACCCUUCUGCUGUUCAUGUGCUUCAAGUUCAUCAUGACAGCCCUGGCUGUUGCUCUGCCCGUGCCUGCUGGUGUUUUCGUUCCCAUCUUUGUUGUCGGUGCCGCCUAUGGUCGCUUCAUGGGUGAGCUCAUGGCGGUCAUGUUCCCGCACGGCAUCAGCGACAGCGUCUCUGCAGCGAUCAUUCCUGGUGGCUAUGCUGUCGUCGGUGCAGCUGCCCUUGCUGCGGGUGUUACCCACACGAUCUCGACCUCCGUUAUCGUCUUUGAAUUGACUGGGCAAAUCCACCACAUUCUCCCAGUCAUGAUUGCUGUUCUGAUUUCCAACGCCGUGUCCCAAGCGCUCAUGCCGUCCUUCUACGAGUCCAUCAUCCAGAUCAAGAAGCUUCCGUAUCUGCCCGAUCUGCGCAAGAAAAAGACGUACAACACGACCGCCGGAGACAUUAUGAAUUCGGAUCUGUUCUGGAUUAGCGCCAAGUCGACCUACGCGGACAUUCAGCGCCUGUUGGCGCAGUCCCACCAUCGCUCCUAUCCAAUUGUCGAUUCCGAAGACAACAUGAUCCUCAUCGGCUCCAUCCGAAGAGACCACUUGGAGUCAAUGCUGGCGCGACAACUGGCUCGUGCCAUCGUCGAUGUGAAGCAGACUAUUGCUGGCUUGGAGGCGUCCAUUGGCAUUGACUCGCGAAACAACUCACGGCCAGGCUCGCGUGCCGGCUCGCGCUCGAGUUCGCGCGCGGGCUCACGCUCUGGCUCACCCACACGCGAGUUUGAAGAGCCCGGCGUUGGCCGCGACACUUAUUUGGCUGAGGGCGAGAUUGCCGUUCGACGCGCCUCCACUCGUAUCUUUAACACGUCGUUCGUUUCUGAGGAUGCUCUUCAAGACGACGGCAACGAUGAUGAUGGAGCGCAACAUACGCUGUCUGUGCCUGCAGAGGCCAUUCUUCAACGAAAGCUCGAGCUGCUCCGCGAAAGUGUCGACUUGUCAGGUCGCCGUGUGGAUGCUUCUCCAUUCCAGAUUGUUGCCCGCACUUCGCUCCACAAGGUGCACACGCUGUUCUCGUUGCUGGGCUUGACGCACGCCUUCGUGACCUCGCAUGGUCGUGUUGUUGGCGUCGUGACCCUCAAGGAGCUCCGAGCUGCCAUCGAAGGCACCCUGGAGAAGGAGCGAGAGGAAGAGCGCCGCCAACUGCAGCGUGCUGGUUACACCACGAACAAUGGUGGACUAACUCGAUGAUUUCGAUUUCUCUGCCUUUCCAAAAAUUUUGAUUGUCGACGUUGUCUGAUUUUUAUUCUCAAAUAUUGUAUUUUUGUAAUUUUUCGCAUCAA